AUGUCGAAGCACAGCGAAGACGGCAUGCUUCCUACCCACAAUCAUCACGACAGCCCAGCCAUUGCUUCACCUCCACUACCAGACAAGAGCAUUCGCCAUGAAUACCCUGUCUUCAUCGGAGAAUUCAUCGGCACGUUCAUGUUCCUCUUUCUCGCCUUUGCCGGAACUUCAAUCGCUAUCGUCUCGGCCACGGUUGAAAAUGCCGACUCAGACAGAUUCGAUUUGAACCCCGUUCAAAAUGUCUCCAAGCUGAUCUACAUCUCCUUCGCCUUCGGUGCCGCUCUUGCCGUCAACGUCAGCAUCUUCGCCGAUAUCAGCGGCGGCAUGUUCAAUCCAGCUGUAACGCUGUCUCUGCUGCUCAUAGGCGCAAUCAGGCCACUGCGCGCCGUUCACUCCAUGCUCGCGCAGCUCGUCGCCGGCAUCUGCGCCGCGUUCGUGGUCUCCGCGCUGCUCCCCGGGCCGCUUCCAACGGCUACCAAGCUCGAGCCCUCCAUCAGCAUCACGCGGGGUCUCUUCUUGGAGAUGUUUCUAACGGCACAGCUCGUGCUCACGAUACUUAUACUGCCGGGUGGACCGAGCAAGCCGCUAGUCAUCGGCCUUACGCUGUUUGUGGCGGAGCUCUGUGGUGUGUAUUAUACGGGUGGAUCGUUGAAUCCGGCGAGGAGCUUUGGGCCUGCAGUUGUCACUGGGUUUCAGGGGUAUCACUGGAUCUACUGGGUUGGUCCGGCGUUGGGCGCGGCUUUGGGAGCUCUGGCGUUCUUGGGGCUGAGGAUUCUGGAACCGGAGAAGGCAAGAGAGUGA